AUGCUUCAUCGGCAGCAGUCAAGUAUGUCGCACGGUUUUCCCCCAAUACAAAAACUUCGAAAGACACGUGGAAGUUCACAACUCAAAAACUUGCAACCAUACAGGCUUGGUACAGUUCGAUAUGUACCAAAUUCAUUUCAAAAACUGACAGCAGAUUUGUACGACAGUGACGGUGAUGAUGAUCCAGCUCAGAAGAUUAUUGAGAAUAAUAUGCGUAGCCGUUUUCAACGCAUUGCUGAUGAUACAAAAGAUGAAUUACAAAAAGUUCUCAAAAGAGUGGAUAAUGCGCUAUUUAGUUAUGAAUGUUCUGUUCAAUCAUCAUUAAUUCAACAUGGAAUGAACCGUUCUGAAAUAAUUAACAUCGAACAUAUGACAGAUAUUCAUGAAUUAGAAGAAUUAUUAAAUGAUAGUCUCAUUAAACAACGGUAUAAACAAAAAUUGAUGGCUUUUAUCGUUGGUCAAGCUGAACAAACGUCGGAGAAAACUAGACUACUUCAUCAAAUAAAUCAGUUUUUUUGUCAACAAAUAGGAAGUUUUAACAGUAUCGAAUUUAAAAGUUAUGAAGAUCAAGAUGAAAUGCAAGAUAAACCGACGACAUUUGAUGUUACAGAUUGUUUUAUCCACAUUAAAUCAUUGAGAACAAGAUUAAACGAAUUGAAUGAAGAGAUUAUUCAAUUCUUAAUACAAAAUGUUGGAACAAAACAAACAAAGAGUAAACAAAAACUUGACAAGCUGUCAAAAGAAGCAAACGAACAACUACAAGAUUUACAAAACAAAUUAGAAUCGGCAAAUGCAGAAAUGAUAGCGAAAGAAACAAAAAUUCAAGAACUGCUCGACACAAUUGAAAUAGUGAAAACGGAGAGCAAAACAAAAAUGGAUACUCUAAGACAAAUACAAAAAGAUGAAGUUCAACGAAAACAAGUUGAAAUAGUCUAUUAUAAAAAACGUAUGAAGGAAUUUGAACGUCAAAUUAAAAAUCAAAUGGGUAGUGACGAAUCACAAUCAGAUGAUGAACGACAUGAAUUUGAAGCAAAUCCUUUAACGAAAAGAAAUCUUGAAACAAUCGAUGAAGAUGAUAACAAUCAAGCUAAUGAUACGGAAUCUGCUAGAAUAGCAAAUAUCAAGGGAAGAGAACCUGAUGAAGGUCUUACAACUGCUACAAUAGAGGAACCCAAUGCUGAUAAAAUUUCCGACCAAAGUAAAACAGUAGCAGUACCACAGCCACCAUUAGCCACAGCUACUCUCCAAACAGUUGUUAUGCCAGAACCAGCAAAAAAAGAGCGUAAUAAUCAACGAAUUGAAGAUCCAAGUGAAAUUUAUCGUCGUGGACAAGAAAUAUUAGAAUCAUUAUUGACUGAUAGAGAAGGUGCUCCAGAUUUAAAUAAAUUAUUGAAUGUCAAACAUGGCAUAGAUCUUAAUCAUAUAUCAAUCGAUAACUUACCUACAGCAUUUAUGAAUUUACGAAAAUUUGAACAAAAUGCAUUAACGGAAAAAGUUGACAUUGCUCAUGAAUUACAAAUAAAAGCACAAAAAACAGCUGAGGACGCUUUAAAACAAAUGGAAGGAUUCAUGGUUGAACAAGAAAAGUUGGAUCAACAAGACAUUGCUCAUCAAACUGAUCUUAUUCGACGUCAUUCAAUUGCUUUAAACAAUAUAUCAAAGUCACCUGAACAUGUUGAGAUUACCGAAGAAAUUGACAAUGACAAAUUAUCACCAAAUUUAAAACAUUCAAAAACAGCACAAUGGUCAAAAUUGUUAGUAAGUGGUAAUAAAAAUUUAAAUGUAUCAUUACAACAAGAACCACAAACACCAAUACAAGAAGGAAAAACUUCAAUUUAUGAAGCAACACAAUUACUCAAAAGUUUGCACAAUGCAAAUAAUUCACCAUUAAAACAAUUCGAAAACGAUUCAUCUCCAUCAUCUACAACUAGUCCUAAAAACUUGUUUCGUCAGAGAUCGUCCGAUCAACAAGAUCAAAAUCAACAACAACUCAUUGUCAAUUCAUCAACAGUCCCAUCAAAACGAAUUAGUUCGACUUUUAAUAGUGAAAAUAUUCCGUCAUCGAAGCCAAUAGCACUGUCAGGAACGAAUACACAUUCACCAUCAUCACAAAGUAUCAGUCGAUCGAAUUCAUUUAAUCCAAAUAAUCGUACGUCAUCAUCAUCAGCUGAUCGAUCCUAUUUUGCAUCAGCUUCACAAAGCAGAAGACCAUCAACGUCAUUUCAUAAACCAUCUUUUCGGGCUGAAGAGUUAGAACGUUUAUUAACAAAGAUUGUUAACGAUGAAAUAGAAGCAUUCGAAAAAUUUCGUGAAACAUCUGUAAAAAGUCGUACAUCGCUGCGCGAAAAGUACAAGUCGCAACUCGAAGAGAAAAAAAUUGAACUAGAUAAUUUAAAACAACAAGCCGAUAACACAUUAUCUCAACCAACAACAUCGACACGUGAACGAAAACCAUUUGAAUCACUGGAAAAUAGUUUGGGAAAAGAAAAUAGGAAUGGUACCAUCUCUCCGUCAUUAAGAGAUUCUCAUUCGUCUUUCUUACAAUUAAUUCUAGGAAUAUUAAAACACGAACAAAAACACCAGUCAUCAUCGUUAGAUCAGAGUAUCGGGUCAGAAAAUGGUAAAUAUAACGGAAAUAUUUAUAAAUUUCGUGCUAGUAUCAUGAAAUUAUUAGAAGUUAACAAAUUCAGUUCUUUGUCUGAUCAAUUAUCAUUAACAAAAAAACUACUGUUUAAUGAUUUAACGGAUACAAAUAUGAAUAAAAUAACCGCUAAUGCUGAUCAAGUGUUCGAAGACAUCGUAAAAGUUAUACGAUUAUGUCUGAAUACGUUAAAAAAAACAUCAUCACCACCAACAACAUCAAGGAAAGAGAAUGAAACAAAUGCAUUAUUUAUAUCGUCAAAUAAUCAACAACAACACUCAUCAUUGUUAUCUAUUGAAAAACAAGAUACACAAAAAGAUAUAAUUAUUCAAGAAUUAAAAGCUAAAUGUGAUAUGGCUAAAAAUUCACUUGAUGAAACAAAUAAAAAGCAUCAAGAAGAAUUGAAACAAAACGAACGAGUAAUGCUCGAUUUACAGAAGAUAGUUCAAACAUUGCAGAGAGAAGUGGCACGAUUACAACGACGAAUAUCACGUACAGAAGUUGAACGAGUAGUUGAACCAUCAGUGUUAUUCACAAGACUUGAUGCUGAAAGAAAUAACCAUACAUUGAAAAAUGCUCUUAACAAAGGCAAAGUACCAGAAACAACGUAUAAUGAGUUGAAUGAGGAUAUGUCUGAUUAUGUCAGUCUACCAUCUCAGCAAUUCGGAAAUUUAGUUAAAAAAUAUAUUCAACAACGAAAACGUAGUGGGCAAAUCAGUGAACGAAUAUCUAGUAUCCGACAACAUCGUGUUGAUUUAGCAAAAGAAAUGACGCAUAAAUUUGAUCAUUUAGAAAAAGAAAGUACCAUAUUUUUAAUUCGGCCCAUCUAUUCGUAUCAAGGUAGAGCGGCUGCACAAACAUUUAUGCAAAGAGAAAAACGUCAACAUUCAAUGACUAUGAAAACGACUAAAGGUACUAAUACGCGUCUUGCUCCAUCAGAAGCUACAGAAACUACACAUCCCGACGAUGAUCAACACCGCAGAACAACAACAACAAUUCAAACAUUCACCUCAUCUGAGGAUGAUGAUGAAAGGCUAUGGCAUAUGGAUAAAAGUUUUGCGCCUCGACAAACUCCAGCAAGUCAAAUCUCAACAGAUCAGGAUAAAUUACAAACACAUCUAGCUGAAAUACCAAAAUUACUUGAAUUCGAUGUAAAUAAAAUGAUGAUGCCUCAUUCUCUCGUAUCAACAUCAUUAGAUCAACCAACAUCAGCUACUGUAGCCAUUCCAUCGCUUAACUUACGGACGUAUGUGAGUGUAUCAAGACCCAUCAAUGGACGUGCAAAUACAAAUCAAGAGUCUCGCGAAGCCGUCUCCGUUAUAUCAGCAUUAAGUCGCAACACCAAUCCCCGUACGCCAUUUAAUUCAACUGUUGGUACAGCCAAUAUGAUUGAUAUUCGUCGAACUAGUCCUCCUCUACCUCCGAUCGGUGGAAUAAAAACACAAACAAGUUCAAGUGCUUCCAUAAAUAUAGCUGAAGAAAAACAAGAUGAAUUUAUACCAAGUGUAAGCAAUGCUCCAGAUGAUUUCGGACAAUCUAGUGGUGAUCAAAUGAAUGAUCAAGAAAACAAAUGA